AUGAUUUCGGCGAUCUACAUCUUCACGCUGAAGGGCGAGCUGCUGCUGCAGCGGGCGUACGCCUCGCCCGUUCCUCCGGCGCAGCACGUGAAGGCCUUCAGCCGCACUGUCCUCGAGGGUCGAGCAUUUUCGGAGUUGGCGCCCGUCGUCUGCGUAGGAAACCAGCACGCGUCUGCGGGGGGCGGCGGUGCCUCGUCGUCGGCCUGCUCAGUCUCCUCGUUCUCGUGCUUCAUCCCGCCUUGCAUCGCCUCUUCUGCGUCCGCACCCAACGUCUUUCUCUCUUCUUCCUCCGCGCCGACGGUGCCCGCCAACGCGGGCAGCCAUGCCGCCGGCGUAGUCCCCACGUCGGCGAUCGUCCGCGGCCGCCGAGAGGGGCGCUGGGGCGGCCGGGGCUCGGACGACCGCGGCAUCGUCUACGUCGCGGCGCUUCGACAGAACGCAAAUGUCGCGUGCGUGCUGGAAGUCCUCCGCCGCCUCGCCGCACUCGUCCAAGCCUUCUACGUCGCCUCGCUCGGCUGCGCGGCGACCGGUCCCAUUCUCCCUGCCUCGUACACGCAGGAUCCCGCGGAGCUCCCCGUCCCCUCCUCUCUCGCGCGCAGCGCGACCGGCGGCGGGGCGGCCGCGGGCGCGGAGGAGACAGUUCGCCAGGGCCCGCAGUCGGGGUCAUUCGGGGGCCUGGGGGACGCGGGCCCGGCGGGCUCCAAGGAGGCGCUUUUUUCUGCGAAGCGGCAGGGCAGCUCGCUCCUGGACGCCAUGCGCCGAGGCCUCUCCACGGGUGGUGCGGCAGUGCUGGGCAGCAGCGCGGGGGUUGCGGGCGGCGGCUCGGGCAGCCUGGUUGGCUACGUCGACGAGAGCUUCGUGCGGAAGCACUACGUGCUGUUGUACGAGAUUCUGGAUGAAGCGAUCGACGGCGGCUUUCCGCAGUUGCUCGACCUCGCCACGCUGCGCAAAUUCACCAUCUUCGGGAACGGCCCCGGGUUUCACUGGCCGCCAGACCACGUUGGCGGGCCUGCGGGCGGGCUCGUCUCCGCGGCGAGUCUGCGGCGCGGCGGCGAGUUUGGCACCGGCGGCGGCGCCGGCGGCUCGGGCUUCGCGCGGGCCUUCAGCCGCAGCGGCGUCCAGCGCGACGGCAGCGACCUCGCGGCCUCGAAGCGCAUCACGUCGCAGGUGACUGGCGCGUGCUCCUGGCGGGCGCCAGGGAUCCAUUACAAGCGCAACGAAGUCUUCAUCGACGUCGUCGAGUGCGUCAACGUGCUAGCUUCGCAGAACGGAGUCGUUCUGCGCGCCGAUGUCAACGGCGAAGUCCACGUCAACUGCCGCCUUUCAGGCAUGCCCGAGUGCAAGUUCGGCCUGAACGACCGCGUACCGCUCCAAGCCCCCCGGGCCGCGGGUCCGGAGCCCCCGGGGCCCGCGGGCUCUGGCUCCGUGCCCGCAGCGGGUCUCGCGGGGGGACCUGGGAGGCCGAAGCAGCCGGGGACUGAGAGAAAGGACGACGCGGCUGCGGCGCAGGGCGUGAUGCUGGACGACUGCCGCUUCCACCAGUGCGUGCGACUCUCAAAGUUCGACUUGGAGCGAACGAUUUCCUUCAUUCCGCCCGACGGAUCGUUUCGGCUCAUGACCUACCGAAUUUCCGAGGGCGUCUCACUCCCAUUCAAAAUCUUCCCGCUUCUCCAAGAACGCUCCGAGAGCCGCAUGGAAUGCGUGAUUCUUCUCAAAGCUCUUUUUGAAAGAAACAUAUCCGCCACCAACGUCGAGGUGAUUAUCCCCUGUCCGCCGAACUUGUGCGAGCUUCAGCUCCUCCACGUCGGCAUCGGAAAGGCCGCACUGGACAACGCGCAGCAGGCAGUUGUAUGGAAAAUCAGGAGGUACCCCGGCGCGAUGGAGUAUCUGCUGCGAUACGAGCUGCAUCUGGCGUCGCAGCGGCUAGGGGCGCUGUCGCGGAGGGUCAGCGCCGCGGGUCGCGGGAGUGCGACGCCGCACGGGGAGCGGAGUGACGAGGCGCCGGGCGGCGGUGCCCCCCUCUCGCGCUGGAAACGCCCGCCGCUCACGCUUCGCUUCACGCUACACAUGUAUACGGCCAGCGGUCUGUGUAUUCGCUACCUGAAAAUCACAGAAAAAAGCAACUACCGGUCGAUCAAGUGGAUUCGGUACCUCACCAAGGCUGGCACGUAUCAGCACAGACUGUAG